CGGAAAAGCCAGAUCUGGCAACCUGAACUCGACAUACUGGAUUUAAAAAGCGGGAACUGACCGUUGGAAGAAACGCUGAGAUAAAGUUUACAACUGCAUGUUUUGAGGCUUUAAUACGGCUAUUAUGGAAACAUUCUUCAUUUAACAAAAAAAACCUGAAAGUCAAGUAAGUUCAACUUUUAGGCUUGAUCAAAUGUGACAUAGUAGACAUUGUAAACUUCCUGUACACCCUCCAACGAGUUUGGACUUUGUUUUUGAUUAACGCAUCUGAAUGCGAUUUAAAUGUGAGCUGACGCGGACUUUAUGGCGUAAAAGGAGAAGGUUUCUGUCUUGCUGUUCUCAGUCAGUGAGAAAAAUAUGAAACCAAAACACAGUCAAAAUCUUCGUCAGAAUCCUGGAUCCAACUUACAAGGAAAAAGUGUAAAUGCUGGUGAGAAGACGUCAGUGAGGAAGGCAAAGCAAACAUCUUCAUCACAAGUCAAACCUUUUGCUGGAAAAGUGUUUUACCUGGAUCUACAAUCCAACAGAACAGCAGAGACCUUGGAGAGCGACAUCAAACAACUGGGCGGGAUCGUUGAGAAGUUCUUCAGUAAGGAAAUCAAGUAUCUGGUUUCCAACAAGCGGGAAGCGAAGCAUGUGCACGGCCUCAGACAGGACUCUCCUGUCCCCAGUCCCGACUCUGGACAGAGUUCCCCGCAACCCCACUCAAACCCACACUGUCCUCCGAACCAUAUGGACAAAACCAAGUGUCGGGGUCAAGUGGAUACAAUGAUCAAGAGCAGAGGAAAGUCUCUGGUGGAAAGAGUAGUGACAGGACAGGGGAGGCUGCAAAUAGACAGAAUCUUGUCAAAUGCACUAGAAUGGGGUGUCAAGAUUCUUUACUUGGAUGAUAUUUUGGCUUAUAUUCAGAAGAAAAAGAAAAUUUUUGGGAACCUGGUUUCAGCAGCUGCUCCUGUGAAAUCACAUGUGAAAAAUGAAUCUUCAACUAAGUUGGGUUUUCAGAAAUAUAAAGCAGGCAGGAUCACCAAACCUUUUAUUAAGAUUGAAGAUUUGAGCAGACACUAUCGUCCAAUCUACCUCACAAUGCCAAACCUGCCGGAGUUCAGCCUGAAGACCGCAGCUCCUUACAGUCCCUUCUGUGUCGAGGAGAAAAAUCCUUCUGGAAUCAAACAACAUGGACACAGAGCGAAAGCCUCAGGUGCUGAGGAGAAAGGUCAAGGCCGAAAGAAGAACCGAGAGAAGAAGCGAGGCGGUUACUGCGAGUGCUGCAUGGUCAAAUAUGACCAACUCAAGAUGCAUCUGCAGAGUGAACGUCACCAGGCUUUCUCCAGGAGCGACGAGUAUUUGGUUGUGGACCAGCAGGUUUCGACUUUGCACUUUAAUUUCCUUCCCAUCAAAACUAAAGACAUGAGACGAAAGUGCAGUGUUUCUUCUGUUCUGUUGGCUCCUGGACCAUGUGGAGAAGCAAGCCAAAGUCUCCAUGGAGACGCGAGUCAUUCAGACACCGUUAAGGAAGAAGAGGACUGGAUCUUUGAUGCAUCUGAAGAAUCGUGUUCGGAACAUUUCUGCACAAAAGGAGGCCGAAAGAACUGCUACACUUACUCGGACAAGUCCAAGCACAGGUUUCUUGCAUCCAUGCGAACAAUCAGGCAAAACUCUUCAACUCAGAAAUCUGAGCAGAUUAUGGUUCCUCAACCGAAAUCAGAAAAUCCUCACUCUGACGGGGAAUUUCUCACCACAUUUCCCUCCAGAGACAAAAUCCUUCACAAAGACACAAACAGCUCAGUCUCUUACCUACGAGGUCCAAACCUGCAGAGUGAAGCAUCAGCGAGCAACUUCAGUGUUGUGACGCACGGAGCUGAAGAUACGAACAAUGACGCUGCUCUGUCUGAGGCAAAAACGUUCUCAAAAACUGAAAACAGUCUUUCUGAAAAGGAGGAAGAAAACCCUAAUUUGCCAAUCUUCUCUACGGUGCAAAAAAUUCAGAGGAAGAUCAGAGCUUAUAAACACAAGAGGCGGAAAGUGGACCCAAGUGGCCAGUCUGCAGAGCCAGAACCCGAGAACUCGGUACUGAAGCUUUGGGAGAUUUUCCAGUCAAGUGAUGACAUGGAUGGGGAGUUUCUUGGUUUUUCAGAUUAGAUAACAUCAAAAACUAAAAGGGGGGGAAACCUUUUCUUUUUUUUUUUGAGCCAUGAACUAGAACCAUUAUUUUUUUUACUUAUUCAGAUAAAAUGUGUGGUUUACAAACUGAUUUCUUGAAAAAAAAAAAAACUUAAAAUAUUAUUUUAAUGCGAAGAUUAUUACAAAAAAAACCCCCUGAACUUCACAAUCUACAAUUUUACAUUAUGGGUAUGAAUAGACUAAAGAUAUGACAUUAAAAAAUUUGACUGGAGUUUUGACAAAAGGGUGUCGGGUUUGAUCUCACGUUUAUGUCUGGAUGGGUUAAAAACCACUUCAGUUUUCUAUUUAAUAAAAUAUAUAUUUUUUCAAUUCUCUUUUUGGGUGAACAUCAGCUCCUGGGUGAACUUCUGUUUUUGUACAGCCACAAGGGAAGUUGGAAACCUCACAAGAUGAAUGUUAGCCUGUGCCUAUGAAAUGUAUUUUGGAAACUGUACAGUUUUAAUUCAUGAAUUGUGUUAUUUAUUUCACAUUUUGAUAAUAAAUCUAGCGUUCUAUUAAACUGAUCUGAAAAUUAAAGAAUGUUUUUAAAGUACCA